AUGAAAAACUAUGAAAGUAUUGUUUAUAUGGAAUUGAAACAUGAAUAUUCUACACAUAUAUUACCGAUGAUGUUGCAUACUUGUCGUAGUUAUCUUUAUCGUCUACCUUUUAUCCAAGCAAAUACAGAUUUUGGAUCAUUUAAUCGUUUAAUGUCACCUAUACCUAUUCCACCUACACCAGAAGCACAAAGUUCAACAUUAACAAUACCAUUAUAUCAAUUUAGUGCAUAUGGUAUGCCAUUUAAAGUCGAUAAUCGUAUACAAAAAUUUCGAAAAAAUCCAAUAAUAAGUCGACAAUAUGUUUCACCUGAUUCUGUUCAUCCAGAAUCACAAGAAAAUAUUUUCUUUUCUUGUUUUGUUUUUGAUAUUCUACGUCUUAAUGUCAACACAGGUGAUGAAAAAACAUCAUAUUUAACUCGUCUUGGUAUUAAUCAAAUACGUGGUAUUAUGUCACAAAUACAUAUUAUUAUUCAUUCAUAUAAAGAAAAGUUACGUGCACACGGUCAUAUGUUUCCAGUGACUAUAGUAGCUGAUCCAACAAUUCAAUCAGCUGAAUCAUGUUUUCAUGUGCGAAGUCUUUUACUUAGUGCUAACUAUACGGUGUCGGAACAAAUUACUGAUCUUGGACUACAAUAUAAUUACUUUCAAAAAAGUAUGAAUAUUUUUUACAGAAUAGUGGACAACAGUCUGCUCUCUUCUUGCAUCUCGGCUACUAUACACAUUGGAGAUUUGGGAAUCUCUGUGCACAUACUCCACUAACAAAGAAAGAUCUUCAAGUGAUAAAUUGCUUUCAAGCUACGACUAUAGUCUAUCAAAAGAAUCCAGUGAGUAGGUAAAUACUCAAGAGUAUUACAAGCUACUGAGUCUUUGUUCUUAAAAUACCGAGUUUUUAAUGGGCUUUUCUAUAAGGCUUCAGUUUUGAAGCGAAAUUAAACUUCUGAAUUUUGACCGAAAACUUUGCCCACAUGAAAGUACCAAUAAAACUAACUUGUAAGAAAAAAUUCAAAAUUUUUUCAUCAAGUAGUUUCAUGAUAUGAAUUUUUCAAAAUAUCUAUGGUUUUUACAAUAAUCAUGGCAAAAAAGUCUGUAUUUAAAAAAAUUCAUACUAUGAAAAGACUUAUGGAAUAUAAUUUCGCUUGAAAACUAGAGUCCUACGACAGAAAUCAACUAAAAAUUCGGUGUGUUAAGAACAAAAGCCCAGCAACUACAAUCAGUCUCUGGUAUUUACUUAGUCACUAGAUUCUAUUGAUUGAAUAUGGUUUCAGCUUAAAAGCAAUUUAUCACUUGGGAACCUUUCCUUGUAAGAAUGCAGGUCUGAGACACGAGUUUAUUUCGAUUGUUUAAAUAGAACGAGAAUUAUGAUGAAUAGUAAUGCAUUGCACCUAUUGACCCAUUUAACUUCAUAAUGCUGAAAAAGAAGAACUUUAUGGUUCAACUCGUUUUUCAUUAUUUAGUGAUGUGCUCGAGUUAUCUACUGCAUUAAUUUCAUCGAAGUUCAUCAACCUUUCUUAAAAUUCUAGUCAUUUGUCCAUCAAUAUUCGGGUGAAGCAAAACUAUCUGUCACUUAUUAAUUGUUUAGUAAAUCGACUUGAAAUUUAUACAUUAACUUUGUUGGUAGUUAAAGUUUCAUGAAAGAAUCGUUCAUUAAAUGAAAAUGCCAUCUCAAUACAAACGACUCGCGUCAGAAGCAUGCGGAAGUAGCAGUCUUCGAUUAAAUUGUCUGAUCGUUUUUGACCAUUUC